UAGGAGAGGUAACUCACGAAGAACUUUGACGUAAAUCAAUGAAUGUGUUAAAAAUUUGUUGGAAGACUUUGUCGCUGGAAAUGCUUUACCAGUUUGACCCGUUGUGAAGUGCAACAGUUAUUCCAGUGAAAUAAAAUACGCCAAAAUACAAUACAAUUACUUAUCUUAUAGAUGUGAAACUUCUCUUGCGCAUGCCCAAAGACGCCAUUUUGAUCAAAUUUGUUGGAGAUAUUCGAAAAUGGCGAAAAAGUAGUGUAACAUAUCCUUCUGUGUUUUGGGUGUGACAAUACUCCCAGUCCUGAAUGCCUGAAGGGACAGAGACAGUUCAGAAGCAGAAGUGGCUGUAUACAGUGACAACAGUGCGGUACUAUGCCAGCACCAAGGAACAAUACUGAAGGAUCUUUUUCAUAUAUAGCAAAGCAAGGCGGGAGGAAUGGAAAGGAGACAGUAAGGCGAAACAUCCAGUGAAGGAUUAAAAAGAAUAAAAAAAGUUAUUUGUGGUGAAGAGGAAUAAUGAAGAAAAGUAAUGCAAGGCCUGGUAGUUUGAAAGAUCCUGAAAUCGCAGAACUUUUUGAUAAAGAUGACCCUGAAAAAAUAUUUGAAGACCUUCGUGAAAUUGGACAUGGCAGUUUUGGUGCUGUCUACUAUGCUCGUUGCCAUCAUACGAAAGAAAUUGUUGCCAUUAAGAAAAUGUCAUACGUUGGAAAGCAAAGUGCAGAGAAAUGGCAAGAUAUCUUAAAAGAAAUCAGGUUUUUGCGCCAACUUAACCAUCCAAAUACAAUAGAAUACAAAGGAUGCUUCCUGCGGGAUCAUACAGCAUGGCUGGUAAUGGAAUACUGCCUGGGGUCAGCAUCAGAUAUAAUUGAAGUUCACAAGCGACCGCUUAAAGAAGAAGAAAUAUCAGCUAUCUGCGAGGGUGUGCUACGUGGCCUUCAUUACUUGCAUUCUCUGGGGCGCAUCCACCGUGAUGUCAAAGCUGGAAAUAUCCUCCUUACAGAAAAUGGAACAGUUAAACUGGCGGAUUUUGGUUCAGCAAGCAUCAAAUGCCCUGCAAACAGCUUUGUGGGCACUCCAUAUUGGAUGGCACCAGAGGUCAUCCUUGCAAUGGAUGAAGGCCAAUAUGAUGGAAAGGUUGAUGUGUGGUCGUUAGGGAUUACUUGUAUAGAACUGGCUGAACGCAAGCCCCCAUACUUCAACAUGAAUGCAAUGAGUGCCCUCUACCAUAUUGCUCAAAAUGAUACUCCCCAACUAAGUUCAUCAGAAUGGUCUGACGUGUUUCGUCAUUUUGUGGAUUCUUGCUUGCAAAAGAACCCAAGUGAAAGACCUAGUUCAGGCAAACUGCUUGGGCACCAGUUCGUUACAAGGCAACGAUCACCGCAUAUUCUUAUUGACCUUAUUCAACGAACAAAAGCAGCAGUCCGUGAACUAGAUCAUCUGAAUUACAGAAAAAUGAAGAAAAUCCUCAUGAUUGAUGCAUUUGAAACAGAGAGUAAUCUAGGAGAUGCUGAUGACACACCUGAUGAGCAAACUGGUGGAGAUAGUAGCAAGAGUAAUAGUAUAACCUCUGAGCAUUCAAUCCAUUCUGUGGGUGUGAGUGCAUCUUCGCAAAGCAGUUCAACAAAUAGUCUUCCCCCAGCCACAGAUGGCAAUGAUGGCAAUUAUCCUCCUUCGGUCCGUAGGCACAAGGCCAGUAAUUCUAAUGCAAUCCAGGAUCAUGGUGCUAAUAAUUUUGCAACUAUCAGAACAACAUCCAUUGUUACCAAGCAGCAGAAGGAACAUAUGCAGGAAGAGAUGCAUGAGCAGAUGUCUGGUUAUAAGCGUAUGAGAAGGGAACAUCAGGCUGCGUUACUUAAGCUGGAAGAAAGGUGCAAGCUCGAGAUGGAAGCACAUAAACAACAGUUGGACAAAGAAUACGAGUCUCUGUUACAACAGUUUAGUAAAGAACUUGAAAAGUUACAGGUUAGACAUCAGCAAGAGCUUGAUCGAAAGGUGAAGCAGAAUCAGGCAGCAGAAAAGAAGUUACAGAAGGAUAUUAUGAGUCGACAGGAACAAGAUCGUAAGGCCUUUGAGACACAGAAGAAGAAGGAGUACAAGAUGAGUAAAGAGCGGUGGAAACGGGAACUGAGCCUAGACGAAUCGACACCAAAGCGGCAACGCGACGCCACCCUGCAGAGUCAGAAAGACAACCUCAAGCAACUGGAAGCUCAAGAGGAGCAAAGACUUCUUAGAGGCCAGAAAGAAUAUCUCGAUUUGGAGAUUCGGAAAUUCAGAAGAAAAAAAUUCCUUCUAUUCCAGAGCCUCGAAAGGGAGCUUCUUCAAGAGGAGUUAAGUAAGAGACAGCAACAACUGGAGCAAGCUCACGCAAUGCUUCUUCGGCACCACGAGAAAACGCAGGAAUUGGAGUACAGGCAGCAAAGAGCUGUGCAUCAACUUCGUGAGGAUCAGAUCAUGAGGCAGCAUGCAUCAGAACUGCAGAACCAACAGGACUAUAUGGAGCGUGCUGAACGGGAGCUACGUAAGAAGCAUGCAUUAGAGCUGAAGCAGCAGCCGAAGAGCCUCAAGCAAAAAGAAAUGCAGAUACGGAAACAGUUUAGGGAAACAUGUAAAAUACAAACUCGGCAGUACAAGGCGCUCAAAGCCCAAAUCCUGCAAACAACGCCAAAGGAUGAACAGAAGGCAGUGAUAAAGAAAUUAAAGGAAGAGCAGCGGCGAAAGCUUGCAUUGCUAGGUGACCAGUAUGAACAAAGCAUAGCUGAAAUGCUCCAGAAACAGUCGAUUCGGCUUGAUGAGUCUCAGGAGGUGGAAUGCCACCAUUUGAAAGAGCGUCUACACUAUGAGCUGGAAAUCCUAAUGGCCUACCAGUCAAAGAAUAAAAUGCAAGCAGAGGCGCAACGAAAUAGAGAACGAAAGGAACUGGAAGAUCGUGUGUCCGUACGACGAGCUUUACUUGAGCAAAAGAUGGACGUGGAAACUAGACAAUUUGAGCAAGAAAGAGAUGAAAGGAUUAGGCUGUUGCAUGAACGACAUGAGAGGGAACUGGAACAGUUUGAUGAGGAGUCUGCUCGACUUGGAUUCAGUGCUCUGGCAAUAGCAGAGGCUCCAAAGGAAGCCUAUCCUGAUGAAGAAAGUCUUUCAGGUAGCAUGUUGAGCCUUGCACACAGCAAUAGUUCAACAUCAUUCCCACCUGGAAGUCUUUAGCAUAUGCUUGAUCAUUUCCCUUGAUCAUUCAUAAAUCCACCUAAGCUCCUAUCUGCCACCCGUUUAAGUACCCACCUUUGCCCUGUGCCAAUUGGCUGUUAACAGCCAGCACAGGUAAAUAAUUUAAUGAGCAAAAAAUGGCAGUGGUAUGAAUUCAGAGAAAUGCAAGCUCAGGUGUUGGAUGUAGUUAAGAAUUUGACUGACAGUCUCGUAUUUCUUAUAAUAAGAAGCAUUGACGGUUUCCCCGUGCUCUGCCAGUUUUACUCUUUGGAAAUUGGUUAUGAGACUAUUUUAUUACUUGUGUUUAUUUAAUUACUGGGCUGUAGCCUUGGCUAUUGAAAGCUACUGAGCAUUUUGAUUAUACAGACUGCAUAGCUUGUAAUGUUCUCUUAUUCCAAUUGCGCAUUCAGUUUACAGCGCAUUUGUUUGAUAGAUAAUUAUACAGAUGUAUUUGUACGAUACCGACAGUGUGGUUGUCCUAAGUUUCAUUGUGUCAAUUAUUAUAAAAGCAGUGUAACAUUCCAUUUGUUCCAGUAAUAGACUCACAAGUGCUUGCAAAUCUGAAGAAGUAUAGCGGCUUCUAUAAUUUUUUAAUUCUGUGAAUUAAACGGUACUGUUCAGAAAGAAUUUCUCUGUCACAUGCUGAUUAAGUGUAUUGACACAUUAUGGGACUUUAGAAUCAGCCUAAAAUUGUGGAAGAUACUGAACCACCAUAUCUGGUAUGCAGUAUUCUAAGUCAAAAAUAAACAGAAUUUGUGUCUUGUAUUAUUAUAUAGACUUACUGUUUACCUUUUUCUUCCCUCCCUUUCCUUUACAUCUAAGGUAAACCAAAGGAAAUCUUUUAUUGUGCUUAAAAGAAUAAGUGCAACAUAUGCAUGUAAACAGCUUAUGAGAGAUUCUGGUAUACCAUUACUUCCAGUUAUGGUACUAUGAUUAAGUCUCCUCUUUUUUGUGAAAUUAGUAUUAAUUUGUAUUGUUCAGUUGUACAAAUGGAAUCCUGAAUUGCAUGUGAAUCGAAAUUUAUGUGGUUGUAUGUCAUAUUUGAAAGUAACAAAGAAGUUAACAUAAUGCAGAUGCAUUGUAUUGGGGAAAGAAGCUUCAGUCGUUCAGCAGAGAGAGGUGGCAAGGAAAAAUAUGUAACUGGAGAUUGUAAUAAUCUUUUUUAGAAAAAAAAUAAUGUUAAUUUCCCCCUUAAUGUUUCCCAAAGAUGGUUUCUUAUUGGACAACAUAAUAUUAAUGUAGAUUUAGGCCCAUUUUGUAUUGAAACUUAUUUAAUUCUCCACUUUAUUUGUUCAACGUUGACUGUUUUUAAAGCUUUGCAUUAAAGUAUCUUCCUGUAAUGUGAGAAAGCUGUAGGGUUUGAUGCAUAACUGCAGAGUACUUGAAGGUGGAUUGAAAUAGUUAUAUGAAGCAUAAUCAAAAAGAAAUAUCAUUGAACACCCAGUAACACUAUGAUGAAAACCUUAAACUGGUAUACCAGUGACAGAAAUUCUUGCUCGUAAAAGUCAACAGGAUGUUGUAACAAUAAUACCAAAUUUCUAAAAGCCUUUUUAUUGCCAGUUGGCAUGCUGAAGUUGAUGUAAAAAUAUUCAAAUGUCACUAAGUUAGUUACCAACAUUUUAUCACUUUGUAUUACCAAUGUGUGAUGAUAUCUUGUGCAAAGGUAGUAUAUUUGCAGAGCUCAUAAGUUUUAUUUAUUGUAUCAUUUUCCAUGACACAUAGCUUAUCAUAAUUUUUUCUGUCUUCUGAAAUGACAUGUAAUCAUUGAAAUAACAUACAGUGAUUGACACAUGCUAAUAUUUGAAUGUUUUUCGUAUGUAGUCAUUCACAUAGCCACUUUGUGGCAUAAAUUCACUCAGCAAGACGUAUGCUGUCCUCAUCUGCCAUGUAAAGAUGUACAUAAGUAAAUAAAGUACAUAAUUUUUAAAUAGAUUUUGGUGCUUACUACAAUUUUUAGCUAUUGUUGGUUGUCUUGGGAUCAACAAUUUUACAGAAAGCUCAAAAAUCCAGUCAUUGUAUUAAUUUUCUGAGAGAAUAAGUAAAUUCAAAUUUUUGUGUCUAUUGUUUUAUGCAUAUAUCAAAAUGUAUGUGUUUCUAUCCCUACAGCAUGAUCAUAUCCUUGAGCUUUGUAUUUGGGAGACCUUUUUUUUUAGUGGGGUUGGGGUGGGGUGACAUCAUUUGUAAUCAGCUAUGAGUAGUGGCUGUAUCUUUGCCACAGUUGCAAUACCUGCCAAAAAAUAUUGUGGUUGACCUUCUAAAAGAUGUGAUCAUAAGCAUAAGGUUCAUUUCCUAACAGCCAUGUGUUUGCUCAAAUAUAGUCUUUGAUUAUUUCAUAUAAUUCCCUUAUCAUUCUGUUCAUUUGAUUGUCACUUUUAUUUGCAGAAGAGCUGUGUAGUUUGUGUACAGUUUUUUUAAUGUAGCUACUUAAAAUGCAUGCCCUCUUUUUCUUACUGAUGCUAGUUAUUCAUUAGAACAUUGCACCUGUCCCAUUUGUCCAGGUGGAGUUAUAUCUCAAAUUUCACAAAAACUGGGAAGAUAGUGUGGCACUAACAAAACAGUUUGCUGGAUAGACUUUUUCUGUAAAAAUAUAUACUUUCAUUUAUUGCAUACAUUUCAUAAAUUACAUUUUCAAAAUAAUGUUUCCAGUUUAUGUAAUUAAGCUUUGAAAAACAUUUUCUGACAAUGGACAACAAGUCUUCUGUAAUUUUCUGGCUCUCUCGUAUAUUUGAAUUCUUAUAAUGAAAAAUGGCAUACUUUUUCUCACUAAAUUCAGUGUAAUAGUUAAGGGACAAUUCAGGGAACAUGAAUCACCAAAAUAUGGAAAUACAUUGUUGUACUUCAUGUACAAUUCAUUAUGAAAAAGUAUCUCUAUGUGUUGAAUUGAUCUGUGUUUGGUGUGCUUGUUCAGAAUUCACAUGUUGUCAAUAGAGGAUAAUUCUUUUUCACUUCUAGAAGUGCAUUUUAAUUUUGUGGUGGUAUUCUCACAAUAUUCACCUUCUUCUCUCCACCCAAUUGCAACUGGCUGGUCUAUGUAAGCAACAGACUGGAGUUUUCUAAUAGUUGUAAUGUGCCUGGCAGGUAGUUUGUUUCCCAAGUAAUUUUUCUGUCGUCUUCAUUGGAGAAGUUCAAAUACCUGAAUAUUUUAUCCGUAGUAGAAAUUUACCAUUUACAGAAUACAUUGCUUUGUGCAGAAAGUUAAUAUUGUCAAGGGUUUAUCGUAAAGUCUUGUACAGUACUGACAUAAUAUUUUCACCAUAGUAUGGCAAAGUAAUAUAGAAAAUUAGAGCAAAUUGUAAAGCAAUUCCAUGCACUUAUUAAUUCAAUUAUAGGGCAUUGAAAAUAUUGCACAAGAACAGGGCAUUCUUAAGGCCAGUACUAGAAUAUUUCAAAGAUGGAAUAGGCUAUUAUUUUCAGACCAGGUUAUUGUAAUUAAGGCUUCCUGUUAUUUUCUUAGUGUAACAUCAUGCAGAAAUGAGAAUUGUUAAUUAUCGUUACAAGUUUGUUUAGAUGGUUCCCAAUAUUUGAUCAUUCAGACACAGUUUUGUUGUGUAACUGCUUUGAAACUGAUAGUAAGAGGUCAACACAAUAUUGUUAGGUGGAACUUGGGUAAAAACUGUAUAAUUAUUCACAACAUUGUUUAUUUUGGUGUGAACAAAAGUAUUUUGUCUGGUCAACACAUUUGGGAUUAGAUUGGGUUGUUGCUUCAAUAACAUCUUUGAUGUUUUGUAAAGUUGUGGGAAUUGUCAGUUUGACAGUUCCAUAUUUUUAGUGUAUAAGUAAAGCUGCCACCCUAGGUAAAUAUAUCUGCAAAAUCCUUUGUUCUAGGGUCUCUUGGUAAGAAUUGUCAUCUUUACAAUUUUUAAAAUUUGUUUAGAGAGAGAUUGAAACAGUCAGGCAAAGUUCAGAAUUCAUCUUCAAAUGUCUUCACAUUUCUGUGACAUUGCAUGUAACAGAUAGAGAAAAUAAUGAAAAUCAUAUGCACUUUUGAUUAUUUUUCAGUGUGUGUCAUUAGAAUAUUAGGUUGUUUGGUUUCAUUAUUGAGAAGAUCCCAUGUAUAAGUUUGUUAACAAAGGGAAACACAAUUAAAAAAAUGUGAUGAAAAGAGCUGAGAGCAUUUUUAAUAAGAGAUAGCAAGUACACAUUUUCUGUUUGAUACAAACUGCAGUGAAUUGUGAAAAAUUAUUCAGGUUGUCCUGUGGAGGAUUUAUACCUUUCCGCAAGGGAAUGUCACAAGUUUAUUAUUUCAGGUUACCUAGCAAACACUAAGGAAAGCCUGAAGCAUAAAUUACAUGCAGUGAAGAAGGAUGUGCUUAAAAGAUAAUAAUAACUGUGUUAUAGUGUACAUUAUUCUUGAUUUUAGUAGGGAACACAUUUUAGUUCUUUAUAUGUUUACAUGACUGUGACAGUUUUUGCAGAACCAUCUAAUUACACUGAAGUUGUUAGGAUAUGUUUGCACCAUUUACUGCUUCUGAUUCCAUUAUUAUAUCAUUAAACACUGCUUAAUAAGUUACAGAACACAAGAAUUUUAAAUACCUUACAACAGUGCAGCAGUAAGUGAGCUAAUUCUUGUUAGCUUACAGCAUAAAAUUGCUUGAACCUUUAGCUGCAGUCUUCAUUAAUUUCAGAUGUGAGCAGCAUUUGAAUUCUUAUCUUUGUUCUGUACAGUACUAUAUGAUUUGAGACUGUUUUGUGUCUUAUCUUUACUACUAGUUCCUAAUGUUUCAGCAAUUUUCCCCUCUAUUUAAAUAUAAUUUAUGUAGUUUUACUGCAACAUCCACCUGACUACUUUGUUUGCUACACUCUUGAAUAUCAGGAGCUAAUUAAUAUUGAAAUAGCGAGUAUGUCACUCAUUGCAUAGAAAAGAUAAUUUCACUUCAUAGCUGUAAAAAGAAAUGCCCUAUUGCCAGAAUUGAAGAAAAUUUGAUAAAACAUCUUGGAGAUUUCUUUGCAUUUGGAAAGAAUUAUAGAUUAACUUGACACAUUCAAGGAAACAGUAACAAAAUUAUGUGGAGUGAACUAACUGUUCCUCUUCUAACUCCUUUAUUUGUUUUUUGUCUUGCCUUGUUCCAUUGUCUUUGGCUCUUUCCAAAUAAAGAUAAAUGUAAAUCUUUUGCUUUUCUCUUAAAGCAAUAUCUCUUUCCUGUUGUUUUUGAUUUAAAUGACCUUCAGUAUUCGACAUAACUUUUUCUAUCUGCAUUAGAGACACAGAAUACCACUAAUUUAACUGUAAUGUUAUGGAAAGAAUAGAUGCUACUCACUAUAUACGGGAGACAUUGAGUCAUCGGCAGGCACAACGAAAAGAGUUCUAAACACUGAGCUUUCAGUCAAAAAAGGCCUUCUUCUAAAUCAGAAAACAUUGACACAGACAAAACUCACACACCCCUAUGACCAUUGUCUCUGGCCACAGAGACAGAACUAGAGACAGUGAUUUUGUGUGUGUGUGUGUGUGUGUGUGUGUGUGUGUGUGUGUGUGUGUGUGUGUGUGAGACAGGGGGAGGGUGGUGCACUUGAGCGAAUGCGUAUGUGUUUUCAAGUUUAGGAGGAGGCAUUUUGGUCAAAGGCAUAAGUGUAUAGCAGUCUUUUCAUUUUGCUUGUCUGUGACUCGACGUUUCGGCUACAAGAUGAACAGCAGUCUGUCUUUUUCGUAAUCUUGGUUUUUUUUUGUUUUUUUUUUCCAUCCUGGACUUCGCAUUAUUUGACUAAUUUAAUAGUGUUUUAGAAACAUAAUUUUCCAGUGUGUUAUUGAGUAGCUCUCGUGGCUGUCAGUUUUACUAAUUACGCAGCUCUAUGUUUCACACAAUAAUUAUGAAACAUAAGACUUGCAAAUUUUUUUUUCCCCCCCCAACCAGCAUAUAUUCAGAAUGAAUUAUUUUCUUUUGUCUACAGUCGCAGUUUUAUUUUGUCUACUGACCUAGAGGCAAAAGUGUGACUAUAGACUAAAGCUAGUAAUUAUUUGUCUUUGUGUGGGUUGCUUUUCAGAAAGUAUGUUGGGAAUAUGCCAUAUAUUCAGGUAAAAUUCUGCUGAUGUAAAGAUGCAGUGUUUUGAAAUUGCAAACCAUAAUGCAGUAGUAAAAUUUCAUUACCAAAGAAGACAGUUUCGGUAAUUGUUGCAAAGAAUCAAGUUACAUGAAUACACUUCUUGAUCCAUGAGUUAAUGUGAUAUAGUAUACUGCCUUUGAUUUAUUUGGCACUGUAUGUUGAAUUGAGAAUGAGGAAUGUUACAUAAUUUAAAAAACUUGUAAUGUGGUGUAAUCUGUGAUAAUGUCACUUAUGUUUUAUUACCUGUGCGACACUAUCUAGAAAAAGAUCAAAUAAACAGUAAGAUAUUAAAUAUCGUAAUAUAAUUCUCUCAUCAUGAUUGUAGAUUUCCAUUCAAAAGAAAUAUUUUAGGCAGAUAUUGAUGGAAAUGAUUUAUUGCUUGUGUGCCGUAUCAUAAUGUGGUUGUGAAGUUUUGUCAUACAGUGCUUCCACAUUCGUCAACAUAUUGUGCAUGUGAAGUGUUGUAAUUACGUGUUGUGAGACAACUGUGACUCGAAGUAAUUAUGAGUUAUUUCUAUUGAACAUGUUUGUCAGUCAAAUUCAAAAAACUCAUCCUCUGAGAAUCUCCGGAACAAUGUAAAGUAUUAAGCUUUGUAAUUCAUGAGCUCUUCAUAGAACAUAUUGUUUUAUACGAACAUGUGAUGCAGUUCCUUUUUAAUAAAAAGGAAUAGAUAGGAUUUAUGAUAAAAUCAUUUACACAAUUUUCAGUAUUUUAGCUGCUGAAGUCUAAUAUUUUUUGAGGCCAGGGGAACAUCAUUUUUUGGAUAUUUCCUGGUUAAGACUGUUUGUCUUCUCAUUAUUUUGAAUCACUCAAUUGGGAAGGCAGCUGUAUGGAUAGUCAUUAAAAGUAAAAGCUUGUACAGUUAUUUAAACAUUUGUGUUAGAUGUAAAUGUUUAUUUUAUUCAAAAGCAUAACAAAUCAAAAAUGUACAGUCAUCUAUGCUUCCAUUAAAGUUUUAUUGUUAUCUUAUGGUUAUGUUUAUCAACAGUUGUAAAUUUUCCCUUUAAUACUGUUGGUGUCAUUUCAGUUCUUCACUGAAAAAUCCAUUUGGUUACUUACUAAGAAUGGACUAUUGAUAUUUACAUUCAACAAACUGAGUAUGCUUUUUGAUUAAAUGAAAGUUCUUACUUAAUCUUCUUUCAUGAAAAAUAUUGCAAAUAGAUUUUGUUGUUUUCUAUAGAAUUCACCACGAAAAGACGACAGAUAAAGUGCUUAACGAUUUCUCAUUGUUACAUGUCCAAAAAACUACAUUAAAGUAACCAGAUUUUGUACAACAAGAGUUUGUAAUAUUUUAAAACCAAAAAAUGUUACAGAGUGUGAGUAGUGCUAAAACCUUUUUGACUGUCACACAUUGCAAUGUCUUACACAUCACUGUAAUGUGAAGAUGUCAGAAUUAGAACUCAGAUGAGAAUAAAAGUCAAAUCUUUUUUAUUGUAAACUUUAUUGUAUAAUUAAUUCGUGUAUAACUGUAUUGCUACAUAUUACACAGUGAUUAAAAAGAUAGAGCCAUGAGUGAUUAUUGUAAAGAAAGUUGUUUUUAUGAGUUUUAUGCUGUUUUAUAAGCAUCCAACAGUAUCUCACGUUUUGAGCAUGUGAUCAUUGUCUUGAAAGAUAUAUAUUAAAAUUAUAGAAAGCCAAUGAUAAAUAAAAAAUCAUUUUUGUUUGUAUAUUUUGUUUGAAAUUUAAAAGAAGCUUAAAUAAUUUCAGAACACAA